AUGGUGACGAAAUUUUCUUUAAAGCAGAUGGAGCGCCCUCAAUGGAUAAAAAUCGUCGUAUUGCCUUCGGCCUGUGCCCUCAGACCUUCCGUGUACUUUUUCACUAAUACCACUAAUACAGACGUCAGGGUUACUGGUUACAGGUGUUUCGCCAAAAGAAAGAUGGCGGCGCCCAGGCUUUUCAAGACUUUUCUCCUUGCUGCGUCUUUCCUAGUUUCUAUGUGUGUUUUCUUCAUAGCCUACCUCACCUCAUCGUCCAUGGGGUUCGGUACGCUGUCUAUCAAGAGAGCAGGGAUACUUUUAGGAAUUUUUGUCCCUGUAAUUUUCUUGAUAUCCUAUUUUGUGGUCUGGCGUAAUCUUGUUUUAAGACCGAUGAAAAGUAUGGAGAAGAGCUGCGUUCAAGGUGUUGUGUUUCAUACGUGGACUGCAGCAUUGUUUGUAUUUCUUCUGUUUGCACAUUUCAGCCAACUAUGUAUUCUCUUCUUGGGAAAGACCACCGAAGUUGGAACUGUUUCUUUCGUGUCCUUCAUCUGCUUUGGAGCAUUGUUUGUUCUUGCUGCUGUCAUUUUCAUGUUCGAGAUUGUUGAAUUUUUCCUGAAGAUGACUUUUCAAAGAGGUUUGAGCUGGGAGUGGUUCCAGGAGAACUGGCUUGUCAUACGGGCUGUGAUGAUUGUGGUGAUUUCCAGUUGUCUGGUGGCUGUAUCAGUGAUGAAUGCAGCUGAAGGACCAGUGGUCAAACCAGUGGAAAUUCCAGUGCGGAAGCUUCCCUUGUCCAUGCAUGGACUGCGGAUUGUGCAAUUGUCAGACAUCCACCUCGGGCCGACUGUUGGCAAGUCACAGCUGCAGAAAUCUGUGAACGUGGCUAAUGCAUUAAAACCUGAUAUCACAGUAAUCACUGGUGAUCUUGUAGACUCAACUGUGGAGAAUUUGGUCGAAGCAGUCAGUCCACUGCAGCAGCUAAGGGCGACACAUGGUGUGUACUAUGUCACAGGGAACCACGAAUACUACACCUACGACGUGAAGCAUUGGCUAUCGCAUCUAAAGUCCCUGGACAUAGUUUGCCUGUCCAACAGUUUUGUAAGGAUCGUUCAUGCACAGAAGCCACGGGACUGGUUCUACCUGGCUGGUACCAACGACAUUGAGGGAAAGAGAAUGUAUGAGAAGGAGCAUCAAUUUGAUCUUGACAAAGCUCUUGCCAGUACAGACAGUGAUCAUGCAAUCAUCCUAUUGGCUCAUCAGCCUAAGGCCGCCAAACAAGCUGUCCAAUCACAGUACGACAUCAGUCUCAUCCUCUCGGGUCACACCCACGGGGGACAGAUGUUCCCCAUCACCAUCCCAGCGUACCUCUUCUCCCCCUACUUUGCCGGCAUCUACCAACCCAAGGAAGGGACCUAUGUGUAUGUUUCAUCUGGAACAUGGUAUAACGGCCCUCCCAUGAGGCUGUUCUCCAGGGCUGAGAUUACCCUGAUCACCCUCUUAGCAUCUUGAGGUGGUCCAGAGACAAUGGUAUCAAUCAUGGUUGGAGCAUGUCUAUGUACUGAUGGCGUCACACUUUGUUUACAUGUACACUUUCCUUUGGAGCUAGAGGGACCAUGCUGAAACGUGCACAUAUAACUAAAGUGUGGUGUCAGCAGUACAGUGCUUUGUGCAUUUCUGUAACUCUGGCCACUGGGAGAUCCAGGGUGACCAACAGGGGCCAUCCACCCCCACCCAUCUCCCCCUUCCCUUCUCAACCCACCCCCCAGCAAGAAACUUCUUUUUAGAAAGAUUACAGAAUACAGUCAAAUUUGUUGGUCAGGGCUUAUUUAAAAAGUAAUGUAAAAAGCCCCCAAACGUAGCUUCCUCGCUUAGAAAGGCCACAGAAGCCUACCAAAAAAUUUAAGAAGUUUUUGUUCCCUCCCUCAAAAAAUCAGACCACCCCCCAAAAAAACAUUUUUUCUCUAUCUGCUCUUGGUUCUUGAGUCUGUAACCCUUGAAGUUGUCCACAGACAGCUGCAUUUUCUCAUUGCAAAUAAUUUUUAAAUAAUGCACAAGUUGUCAUGUCCUUUCACCUUUACAGAUUUUUUGAUUUCGAGAAAGGAACAUUAGGAAUAAGGAAAAGGGACAGGAUUUUGUAUUCAAAAUUUCAGUCACCAGUGUCGCUGGAAUUAACUUAUGGUGUGAUUUUUUAAAAAUGUUAUCAUUCCAAAGCUGUAAAGCUGCUAAGGGUUAGGAUUUACAUGUGAAGAUGUUUGUACGAAAAGAGUUAUUCGUAAAAAUUGCCACUAAGUCUUGAAGAAUUUGAUAAUUAUAAUCAUUAUGAAUAGAUGGCCCUCCCAAAUCCUACAAACUCUGCCAAAAUGUUCUGCAGACUUGGCAGGAUUGAGGAAAGAAGAGUAUCGCCACUGUUAUUUGUUUUUCUGUGGGAUGCGAUGCUCCAAAGAAGUUAGUGUACUUGGAAUGCUUGAUGUCCCCAGUGGUAGUAGGAUUCAGGCAGAAUCCUACCGAUAGAAGGAUUUGAAUGGGACUGCCAUGCAGAAAACAGUUUGAGAUCAACCAAUUGUAAAAUGAUUGAUGUACACGGACCGUCUUUCAAAGUGCUAUUAAGUUAUCAGGACUAUUUUUUUUUAUACUUGAGUUGGAUAUAAGAAAAAGACAAUGCAAAUUGAAAUUUAAAAAGCAAUUUAUUUUUAGCAUAACAAAUGCAUUAAUAACAGCAAAGUGUAGCACAUUAUUGCCAACUUCAUUCAAAUAAACCUUUGAUAAAGUAACAGAUAAUAACCUUGAUCCAUUUCUGCAAAUUCCAGACCAUUUUAAAUGUAAAUUUUUGAUUCGGAAAUGCUUCUAUUGAAAAUCUUAUCUACCAUAAAUUUAUGUAAUAAGACAUUCAUUUAUAUUAUUUCUAACUUGCAGAGAAUUAUGUGGAAUAUGUGUGUACAUGUGUGUAUAUUUUUCCUUAAAAAGAGCAAUAUUUUUACAAGUAUUUUGAAUAAUUUUGAAUGUUUUAAGAGUCCACUGCUGGAAGGUUUAUUUGGAGAGAAAUGUGGUUACAGUAAUUAGAAAUCAGUGCUGCAGUGGUGGCUGUGCUUGACCUGUAUUUGCACAGGUUCUAUUAAUGAGAUUUAUAUAACUGGCCCACGUCCAUGUCUGGUCUGUGCACGCCUUGAUACAGCAACAUAACUCUCUGUAGCUCUACCAGUAUUGGAGCAGUGCCAGCUCCGCCAGCAUGCAGGGAUAAGCUAUGCCAGUAGCCAUCUGAGUUGUAGCCCAUAGCCAAGUUUGGAACAAGUUGAUCACCAGUCAAAUCACAAGGCCGGUCCGAAGUAAAUGAACAAAGUAGUGGCAAAGGAAUAUCUUUGCCUGAGUUCAUUUUGAUGUCUUGUUACUGAAGACCGGAUGACUUCUAAUGUACAUGUACUUACAAGGAGUUUAAUGGGACACUACUGCUGGGCCUAGAGAGAAGUGCAGUAGAGUUUCAAGCUGGUGCUAGGUGAAAAAAGAUAAAAACAGCAGACAUGAAGUUUUGUUUCACAACCUAAAUCAAUGCAUGACCUUGACAGCUGUUGGUAUGGUGCUUGAUCAUGAAGGGGGGUUCUGUAAAAUUAACUGACCUGAUUGUAAAUAUUUCUUGGGCUGUAAAAAAAAGGAUUUAAACAACCAAGGAAUUGAGUGUGAGAACUGUGUUUCUUCGUCCAGGAUGCAUACCCAAAAUUAUGAAAGGUCAAACCUAUCAAAGAUUAAUUAGGAACAUCAGUAGUAGACUAGGGAGGAGAUAGUCUUAGCCCAAUAUAUGUAAGUGAUUGAUAGAGAUAUUUCAUUCAUUGCAACUAAUGCAGUAUCAAAGAACAGCCUCCCAAACUCCCGAAAUGCAUUAUAACUUCUGUAAUUGUAAGGCGUAUCAUGCUUACACGAAUUUGAAUUUGUACUUGUCAAAAAUUACUCCUAUUUGAAGUAAGCUACAUGUGUAUAUUUAAUGAAAGUGCAAAUGCUCAAAAUGUUCCAGAACAGUAUUUCAUAGACCAAACUGAUGAUUCAGUUCAUUAUCCUUCAUUUAGAAAUAAAAAUGUCUGCUUAGA